CAGCUCGCAUCGUGUCGUAAGAGCCGGGCUCAGCCCCCCGUAUUAAGGAGCUCAGUGUGGUUGGUGCGUCCCACUUGCAAGCAGGAUAGCGGACGUCCGGGAGCUCACCCAGCCUGGACCAUCUAAUCCUUCAGUCCUCAACGGGGAGACGGGAUCUGACCAGAGGCUUUACGCUGGGCUAUUCCUUCAUUUGUUUUAAUUCUCAAAGCAAGUUUAAGAAUAUUCACGUUUCAUCUGUAGGUAGAGCGCUCUGAGCCGGCUUGAGGAUGAGGCUCAGGCUGCUUCUGGCGGCUACCGCCGUGCUGGCGGCCCUGCUCGUCCCCGCGCGCUCCCAAGAAACAGUCGACCCCCCGUCGGAAUUGAAGUUUAAGAUUUUAAAUGAGAACACGGUGCAGAUGACGUGGGUGAGCCCAUUCGCUUACAUAGACGGCUACAGGAUCCAGGUCACCUCCGACACAGAGGAACUAGUUAAACAGUUCGAGCUGCCCGCCUCGGCCACUAAGACCUCCAUCACGGAGCUGAUCCCAGACGUGGACUACACCGUCAUCAUCUCCUCGUACGAGGGCGCCCGAGAAAGUCUUCCCCUCACCGGGCGUCUCACAAUUCAGUCGAGUGGAGCCACUGGUGGACCCCCGAGGAAACCCAAGCCCAGCGCCGGCCCCAAAUGCUCAGUGAGCGCCGUGGCCGACGUGGUGUUCGUGGUGGACGGCUCGGGGAGCGUGGGCCAGGAGAACUUCAAACACCUCCGCAGCGUCAUGGCAACGGUGGCCGGGGCGUUCGAGAUUGGCGCCGACAAGACCCGUGUGGCCGUGGUCCAGUACAGCGACGAGGUGGGACCCCAGUUCCCCCUGAGGCAGCACCUGAGCCGCGGGGAGCUCGUCAGGGCCAUCAACUCGAUGCCCUUCAAGGGCGGGAAAGCCAUGACAGGCGCGGCGCUGGACUACGUCCUGGAGCACAGCUUCAGCGAGGCGGGCGGCGCCAGGCCCGGGUUCCCCAAGGUGGCGGUGGUCAUCAGCGCGUCCAAGUCCCAGGACUCGGUGGAGGUCCAGGCCAGACGGCUGCGCGGCGCAGGGGUGGAGGUCUUCGUCCUGGGGAUCAAAGAGGCAGACGCGGAGGAGAUGACGCUAAUGGCUUCCACCCCGCACAGCACCCACGUCUACUCCGUGCUCGACUUUGAGCAGAUCAAGAGGGUCCACAAAGCGCUCGUUACCCAAGUGUGCGCCGGCGUGGACGACCAGCUCAGCUCCCUCGUCAGCGGCGAGGAAGUGGUGGAACCGGCCAACAACCUUCAGGUGCUGGAGUUCGCCUCCAAGUCCAUGCGCCUGACGUGGGACCCGUCCUUCGGAGACGUGUCCGGGUACAAGAUCCAGGUGGUCCCCAUGAUGUCCGGGCCCAAGCGCCAGGAGCUGUACGUGAGCCACGCCCAGACCUCCCUACUGGUCCGCGACCUGGCCCCCGACACCGAGUACCAGAUCAGCUUGUUCGCCCUCAACGGCCUCACGCCCAGCGAGGCCGUCACCGUCAUGGGCAAGACCGAGUCCGUCCAGGUGUCCUUAGAGUGCUCCCUGGGCGUGGACGUGCAGGCGGACGUGGUCCUGUUGGUGGACGGCUCCUACAGCAUCGGCCUGGCCAACUUCGCCAAGGUGCGCGCCUUCCUGGAGGUGCUGGUGAAGAGCUUCGACAUCGGGCCGGGCAAGGUGCAGAUCAGCCUGGUGCAGUACAGCCGCGACCCGCACACCGAGUUCCACCUCAACACGCACCACGACCUGGACCGGGUGGUGGCCGCCGUGCGCAGCUUCCCCUACCGCGGCGGCUCCACCAACACGGGCCGCGCCAUGACCUACGUCCGGGAGAAGAUCUUCCUGCCGACCCGCGGCGCCAGGGCCAGCGUGCCGAGGAUCACCAUCCUCAUCACGGACGGGAAGUCCUCGGACGCCUUCAAGGAGCCGGCCACGCUGCUCCGGAGCGCCGACGUGGAGAUCUUCGCGGUGGGCGUGAAGGAGGCGGUGCGGUCGGAGCUGGUGGCCAUCGCCAACACGCCGGCCGACACGCACGUGUACACGGUGGACGACUUCGACGCCUUCCAGAGGAUCUCCAAGGAGCUCACGCAGGCCAUCUGCCUGCGCAUCGAGCAGGAGCUGCGCAACAUCCAGAAGAGAAAGCUGCUGCCCCCCCGGUCCCUGUCCUUCUCCGAGGUGGGCUCCAGGAGCUUCCGGGCCUCGUGGGCCACGGACACGCCCAGCGUCCAGUCCUACCUGGUCCAGUUCCGGCCCGCCGACGACACCGACGGCCACUUCGUGUCGGUGUCCGUCCCGGGGGACACCCUGACCAGCCUGCUCCCACACCUCAGCCCCGCCACCCGCUACGAGGUCCACGUCCUGGCGCAGUACGACCAGGGCGACAGCUUCCCCGUGUCGGAGUACGAGACCACACUGGAAGAACAAGGACCGGUCCGCGGGCUGCGGGUCUCCGAGGAGACGAUGGACAGCUUCCGGGUGUCAUGGUUACCGGCGCCGGGCGCGGUGCUCCGCUACCGGCUGUCCUACGAGCCGACGCGGGGGGACAACGCCCGCCUGGAGACCACCGUACCCAGGGGGGGCGAGACCACCAGCGUGCUGCAGCGCCUUCUGCCACGGACCACCUACCGCGUGACGGUGACCCCCGAGUACGCUGCCGGGGACGGGCCGGAGGGGCAGACCCAGGGGACCACCAAGGAGGCCAGAGGCCCCCCCCGGGACCUGCGGGUGUCCGACGAGACGGCGACCACCAUGAGGCUGGGCUGGGCCCCGGCGCCGGGGAGCGUGGCCCAGUACCGGGUGUCCUUCCGGCCGCUGGCGGGGGGCCCCCGCAAGGAGGUGUCGGUGAAGGGCGAGAACACGGGCCUGGUCCUCAAGAACCUGCAGCCCGGGACGCAGUACGAGCUGUCGGUCCGUGCCCGCUACCGCGCGGGCCUGGGAGACCCCCUGGAGGGCAGCGGGACCACCCUGCCAGAGCUGACUCCCCCCCGGGACCUGGUCACCGACGACGUGACCCCCACCAGCUUCUCCGCCUCCUGGACCCCCUCCCCGGGUCCGGUCCAGGAGUACCGCGUGCUCUGGAAGUCCCUGGUGUCCCAGGAGGCCGGAGAGAAGACGGUCCCCGGGGACCAGAGCCGGAUCCCCCUGGAGGAGCUGACCCCCGAGACCCUGUACCAGGUGUCGGUGGUGGCGGUGUACCCCCACGGCCAGAGCCCCGCCCUCCUGGGACAGGAGACCACCGACGCCUCGGCGGCGGGCAAGGCGCUGGUGGUGACGGAGGAGACAGAGAGCACCAUGCGCGUGACGUGGACCCCCGCCCCGGGGAAGGUGUCCCACUACCGGCUGAGGCACGUCUCCCAGGGGCCGGGGGGCCGCGAGGUGGCCCUGAAGAUCCCGGGGUCGCUGAGCUCCACGGUGAUGAAGAGGCUCCAGCCCAUGACCACCUACGACAUCAAGGUCCACCCCAUGUACCGCCACGGGGAAGGAAAAGCAAGGCAAGGAGUAGGAACAACACUCUCCCCCUACAAGGCCCCCAGGAACCUGCAGACCUCGGAGCCGACCAAGACCAGCUUCAGGGUCUCCUGGGACCACGCCCCCGGGGACGUCAAGGGCUACAAGGUGACCUUCCACCCCAUCGGCGACCAGGUGGACCUGGGCGUGAUGCUGGUCGGUCCCCAUGACAACACCAUCGUGCUGGAGGAGCUGAGGGCGGGGACCAAGUACUCUGUGGCCGUCUCGGGGGUCUUCGAUAACGGAGUGAGUCUGCCUCUCGCAGGAGAGGAGAAGACCACCCUGGUGGAAGACUCCGAGACACCUUCUCUCCCCCCGGCUAUCUCUGAGGCGGUGUGUAAGACCACGGCCAGGGCGGACAUCAUCCUGCUGGUGGACGGGUCCUGGAGCAUUGGCCGGCUCAACUUCAAGACCAUCCGCGCCUUCAUCAGCCGCAUGGUGGGCGUGUUCGACAUCGGGCCCGAGAGGGUCCAGAUCGGUGUGGCUCAGUACAGUGGAGACCCCAAGACGAUGUGGCACCUCAACGAGCACCUCACCCGCGACAGCCUCAUGAAGGCCGUGGCCGGCCUGCCCUACAAGGGAGGGAACACUAUGACCGGCAUGGCGCUGAACUUCAUCCUGAAGAACAACUUCCAGGUCAACAAUGGGAUGCGUCCGGAGGCGCGCAAGAUCGGCGUGCUCAUCACGGACGGAAAGUCCCAGGACGAGAUCAUCUUCAGCUCCAAGGAGCUCCGCGACCAGGGCAUCGAGCUCUACGCCGUCGGCGUGAAGAACGCGGACGUGAACGAGCUGCGGUCCAUCGCCUCCGAGCCGGAGGUCAUCCACAUGUACAACGUCAAGGACUUCUCCUUCCUGCUGGACAUCGUGGACGACCUGUCGAACAACAUCUGCAACAGCGUCAAGGGUCCAGCGGUGGAUCUGGGCCCGCCCAGCGACCUGGUGACCUCCGAGGCCACCCACUACUCGUUCCGGGCCAGCUGGACCGCGCCCGAGGGCGAGGUGGACGCGUACCGCGUGUUGUACCAGCCCACCGCUGGGGGGCCCUCUCUGGAGGUGACGGUGGACCAGACAUCCACCGUGCUGGUCGGGCUGACCCCGCUGACGGAGUACAGCGUGAGCGUGUACGCCGUGCGCAGCGAGGUCAACAGCGAGCCGCUGACGGGAACCGAGACAACCCUGCCGCUGUCGGCCGUGAGGACCAUGGACGUGCUGGACGAGACCACCAGCACCAUGAGGGUCCGCUGGGAGCAGGCGGCCGGGGCCAGCGGCUACAGGCUGCUGUACCGGGCGCUCAACGCCUCGCAGCCCUCCCAGGAGCUGGAGCUCCGGGUUGGGGGGGAUGUGACCAACGUCCUUCUUGAGGAGCUGUUCUCCAACACGGCAUACUCCAUCUCCAUCUUCGCUCUGCACGGCGGCGCCACCAGCCCCCCCCUGGACGGCGUGGGGGUCACCCGGCCCGAGCUGCCGGCCGGUGUGCUCCGGAUCUCCGACGUCACCCACAGCGCCAUGAAGCUCCAGUGGGACGCUGCGCCCGGGAACGUCCGCAAGUACAUCCUCACCUACAAGCCCGACGAGGGCGACGCCAAGGAGAUGGAGGUCAACGGUGACAUCACCUCCCUCGACCUGGGCAGCCUGAUAUCCCAGAGCGAGUACGACGUGGCGGUGACCCCCGUGUACGACCAAGGCCCCGGGACCCCCAUGCUGGGACAGGCCAUCACAGAUGUGGUCCCGGCCCCCAAGGACCUGAGGACCUCAGAGGUGACCCAGACCUCCUUCAGGGUGACCUGGGCUGUAGGGGCCCCGGACGUGGCCAUGUACCGGCUCGGCUGGGCCAAGAAGGGGAACUCCAACUUCGAACACGCCAUCCUGAGCAAUGAGGACACCACUCAUGUCCUGGAGGGUUUGGACAUCGACACAGAUUACGACGUCACCGUCACCGCCAUCUACCCCGACGAAUCAGAGAGCGAGGACCUGAUUGGCCACGAGCGCACCUUGCUGAAGGCGCCAGCUGUGUCCACCGGCCCGCCCACCGACCUGGUGGUCAUCAACGCCACCACCACCUCCCUGACCCCCAAGUGGGGGCAUGCCCCAGGGCCCGUUCAGAACUACAAGAUCACCUACCAGCCCAGCGCCGGGGGCAAGACCCUCACCACCCAGGUGGGAGGCAAGAAGACGUCGACGGUGCUCCAGAAGCUGAGCCCCGACACACCCUACACCAUCACUGUGGCCGCGGUGUAUGCCAACGGAGACAGCAAAGACAUCUCCGGCCAGGGGAAGACCGAACCUCUGGGCGGUGUGAGCAACCUCCAGGUCCUGAACCCCACCAUGUCCACCCUGAACGUACGCUGGGAGCCAGCCAACGGAAAGGUCAAGGAGUACAAGGUUCUGUACACCCCUGCUGCCGGAGGAGCGGAGCGCGUGGAAAAGGUCUCCAGUUCAGCCACCACCACGGUUCUGAAGGGCCUGCAGCCUGACACCAUCUACACCGUCACCCUGGUACCGGUCUACGCCGAAGGAGACGGCAAGAGGAUGUCCGAUGACGGGAAAACAAAACCUCUGGGCGGGGGGAGGAACCUGCAGGUCCUGAACCCCUCCAUGACCACGCUGGAGGUGCGCUGGGAGCCGGCAGAGGGGAGGGUCACGGAGUACAAGGUGGUCUACGCCCCGGCGGCGGGAGGCCCCAAAAGCACGGACAAAGUUACGGCAAAGUCCACCACCACCGUGCUGAAAGGCCUGACCCCCGACACCCUGUACAGCGUGACCCUGGUCCCGGUCUACAGCGAGGGCGACGGGAACGGCAUGUCAGAGACCGGGAAAACGAAACCUCUGGGCGGUGUGAAGAACCUCGUGGUGGUGAACCCCACCAUGUCCACCCUGAACGUGCGCUGGGAGCUGGCCGAGGGAAAGGUCAAGGAGUACAAGGUUCUGUACACCCCUGCCGCCGGAGGAGCUGAGAGCAUGGAACAGGUCUCCGGGACGGCCACCAGCACCGUGCUGAGGAGCCUCCAGCCGGACACCGUCUACACCGUCACGCUGGUGCCCGUGUACGCGGCCGGAGACGGAGCCAGGAUGAAGGAGAACGGCAAGACAAGACCCCUGGGUGGCGUGAGGAACCUCAGGGUCACUGACCCCACCAUGACCUCUCUGAAGGUGAACUGGGAGCCCGCCGACGGGGCGGUCCGCCAGUACAAGAUCUUCUUCAUCCCAGUGGACGGAGGGACGGAGGACAUGGAAGUGGUCCCGGUGGGCACCACCUCCAUCGUGCUGAGGAACCUGAAGCCGGAGACGCAGUACGCUGUGUCGGUGCAGCCGGUGUACCCCGCCCGCGAGGGUCGGCGGCAGACCGAGAACGGGAUGACCUUGCCCUUGGCCGGUCUGAGCGACCUGCAGGUGAAGCACCCCUCCAUCACCACCCUGACGGCGGAGUGGACGGCGGCCGACGGGAACGUCCAGGGGUACAAGGUCACCUACGUCCCCAGCAACGGGGGGCUGGAGAUCACGCAAGAGGUGUCGGAGAGCACCACCAAGAUGCUGCUGGACAAGCUGCUCCCGGACACCCAGUACACCGUCACCGUGGUGCCCGUCUACGCCGAGGGCGACGGACCCAGCCUCACCGACAACGGCAAGACCAAGCCGCUGGGCUUCGCCCGUAACCUGCAGGUCACCGACCCCACCACCAGCACCCUGAACGUGCGCUGGGACGCGGCCGAGGGCAACGUGCGCGAGUACAUCGUCAUCUGGGUGCCCGCCGUGGGCGGGGGCGAACAGGAAGUGGACCAGGUCUCUGGGACCACCACCUCCAUGGUCCUGAAGAGCCUGGAGCCGGACACCGAGUACACGGUCACUGUGGUCCCCGUCUACCACGAGAUGGAGGGCAAGUCCCAGUCCAAGAACGGCAGGACCACUCCAAAGGGUGGGGUUAAGAACCUGAAGGUGGUGGACCCCACCCUCAGCACCCUGACGGCCCGCUGGGAGCCGGCCCCUGGGAACGUGAGGAACUACAAGGUCUUCUACAGCGUCAGUCCCGGCGGAGAGCCCAAACUGGAGACGGUCUCCGGGGGAACCAGCAGCGUGGUCCUGAGGGGCCUCAGCUCGGACACGCUCUACGACGUGGCGGUGGUCCCCGUGUACCCCGACGUGGACGGAGUGCGGCAGGCAGAGACGGGGAAGACCAAGCCCCUGAGCGGAGUGAAGAACCUGCAGGUGACGGACCCCACGGUCAGCUCUCUGAGGGUCCGCUGGGAGCCCGCCGAGGGCGACGUCCGGCAGUACAACGUCAUCUACGCCCCGACGGCCGGGGGUCCCGACGCCAUGACCCAGGUGUCCGGUAUGUCCACCAACACGGUACUGAGGGGCCUGACGCCGGAGACGGAGUACACGGUGUCCGUGGUGCCCGUCUACGCCGACCUGGAGGGGAAACGCCAGUCGGAGAACGGGAAGACAAAACCGCUGGGAGGGGUGAAGGACCUGACGGUCACCGACCCCACCACCAGCUCGCUGAGGGUGCGCUGGGAGCCGGCCGAGGGGAACGUCCGCCACUACCGCCUCUUCUACGUCCCCGAUGUGGGCGGAGCCGAGGACAUGGAGCAGGUGUCGGGCGGCACCACCAACGUGGUCCUGAGGAACCUGCUGUCGGACAUGCCCUACACGGUCACCGUGGUGCCGGUGUACCCUGAGGGGGAGGGGCUCCGGCAGGCGGAGAAGGGGAAGACGCUGCCGCGGACGGCCCCCAGGAACCUGCAGCUGUACCACCCCACCCCCAGCAGCCUGAACGCCCGCUGGGAGCCCGCCAGCGGCCAGGUGCAGCAGUACCGCGUCACCUACACCCCCCUGGACGGAUCCAAGCCCGCCGCCUCGCUGUUGACCCCGGGGGGGACCCCCACCGCCCUGCUGGACGGCCUGCUGGCGGACACCCCCUACAGCGUGGAGGUGGUGCCGCUGUACGCAGACGGAGUCGGCCCCGGCAUCACGGCCGACGGGAAGACACUGCCCCGCGCGGGCCCCAGGAACAUGCGCGUGUUCGACGCCACCACCAACACCCUGACCAUCGGCUGGGACCACGCCGAGGGCCCCGUCAGCCAGUACAAGAUCUCCUACGCCCCCCUGACCGGAGACCCCAUCACCGAGCUCGCCUCCGUCCCCGGCUACAGGAACAACGCGCUGCUGCAGAACCUGUUCCCGGACACGCCCUACAACAUCACGGUGGAGGCCGUCUACAACGAGGGGCCGGGGGGGUCACUCAACGGGAACGGACGCACAGUGGGUCUGGUGGAGCCCAGGAACCUGCGAGUGUCUGACGAGUGGUACACCCGCUUCCGCGUGGCCUGGGACCCCGUGGCCACCACCGUGCUGGGGUACAAGCUGGUCUACGCCCCCACAGGUCGGCCCCAGGACUCCAGGGAGGUGUUCGUGGGGGACGUCACGUCCUACUCUCCCCACAACCUGCAGACGGGGACCACCUACGACGUGAAGGUGUUCGCCCAGUACGGCGGGGGCGUCAGCCGGGCGCUGGAGGGGCAGGGCACCACGCUGUACCUGAACGUGACGGGCCUGGAGACGGAGUUCAUCGGACACGACAAAUACUGCAUCAAGUGGACGGCCCACCGCGCCGCCACCAACUACCGCGUCAUGGUGGCGCCCGUCGACUCGUUCAACCAGGGGAAGCAGGAGAUCACCUUCCCCGCCGGGCAGCCCCGCUACUGCUUCGAGGGUCUCUCCCAGGACGCGCUCUACACCGCCACCGUGUUCGUGCAGACCCCCAACCUGGAGGGGCCCGGCGUCAGCGGCAAGGAGAGGACACUGUUGAGACCGACCCCGGUGCCUACACAACCCCCCACGCCCCCCCCUCCACCGACCAUACCCCCGGCAUGGGCAGUGUGCAAAGGAGCCAAGGCCGACGUGGUGUUCCUGAUCGACGGCUCCUGGAGCAUCGGCGAGGACAGCUUCAGGAAGGUCAUCGGAUUCGUCUCCAACCUGACCGGCGCCUUCGACGUCAUCGGACCGUCCGGGAUUCAGGUGUCCUUCGUGCAGUACAGCGACAGCGCCAAGACCGAGUUCAGGCUCAACGCCUACCAGGACAAGGGCACCGUGCUGUCGGCCUAUCAGCUGCUCCCAUACCGAGGAGGGAACACCAAAACAGGUGUGGCCCUGUCGCACACCUACGAGAAGGCCUUCAGCGUGGCCAACGGCAUGAGGAGGAACGUCCCGAAGAUCGUGGUGACGGUGACGGACGGCCGCUCGCAGGACGAGGUGAAGAAGAGCGCGCAGCAGCUGCAGCACGCGGGCUACACGGUGUUCGUGGUGGGCGUGGCCGACGUGGACUUCAGCGAGCUUCAGAGCAUUGGCAGUAAGCCCAGCGAGAGGCACAUCUUCGUGGUGGACGGCUUCGACGACUUCGAGAACAUCAGGGAGAACCUCGUCACCUUCAUCUGCGAGACCGCCACCUCAUCGUGUCCCUUAAUCUUCCUGAAUGGAUUCACCUCACCCGGCUUCCGGAUGCUGGAGGCCUUCAACCUGACGGAGAAGACCUACAGCUCCAUCAGGGGGGUGUCCAUGGAGCCCGGCUCCUUCAACAGCUACACCGCCUACCGCCUCCACAAGAACGCCUUCCUGAGCCAGCCGUCCACGGAGAUCCACCCGGACGGACUUCCCCACUCCUACACCAUCCUGCUAACGUUCCGCCUGCUCCCCGACUCCCCCACCGAGGCCUUCGACAUCUGGCAGGUGUCCAGCAAGGACCACAAGCCUGAGACCGGAGUCACCAUCGACCCCACCGCCCAAACCGUGUCGUUUUACAACAAGGACGAGAGAGGGGAGAUCCAGAGGGUCGUCUUCGACAGCGCCCCAAUCAAGUCAAUCUUCCACGGGAGUUUCCAUAAGCUCCACAUCCUGGUGUCGUCGGAGAGCGUCCAGCUGAACCUGGACUGCCAGGAGGUGGCGGUGAAGGAGGUGAAGGCGGCCGGGAACACGUCCAGCGACGGCUACCAGGUCCUGGGGAAGAUGUCCAAGUCCAUCGGCUCCAAGGGCCAGUCGGCUACCUUCCAGCUCCAGAUGUUUGACAUCGUUUGCACCUUGGGCUGGACCAGCAAAGACCGCUGCUGCGACCUUCCCUCCAGGAGGGAGGAGGCCAAGUGUCCCGCUCUGCCCAACGCCUGCACCUGCGCCUCGGACAGCUCCAGCACCGGGGAGCAGGGACCCAUCGGCCCGGUGGGUGCCCCGGGAUCCAAGGGUCUCCGAGGGGAGCGUGGAGAGACCGGAAUAGCUGGGCCUUUGGGCCACCCUGGGGUGAUGGGGCUCCCCGGACCCCUGGGUCUACCCGGGCCCCAGGGCCCCAGCGGCAUGUCCCUCCCAGGAGAAGCUGGCCGACCAGGGGCCGGGGCUCGGACACGGAGAGCCUCAGGGAUACCUCCUCCCCAGGACGCCGCUGCCCCUCGCUCCAGCUCAGCGACACCUGCGGAACCCAACGUCAACACGCAUCCACCCAUGGAAUCACCCAUGGGUGGACGGUUCUACUGUGAUGCAUACCUGCUAUCAUCUACCUGUUGUGUGUAG